AUGUCUUUUCUUUACGCGACAAGCGCUACUUACCGCUGGAUCGUGAGGCGAUCUAAGUCGAGUCCUCUCUUCUUCGCUGGCUUCGCUGCCAUCUGCCUGGCGUCCGCCUUCGCCGCUGCCAAGGGCGUGCAGGCAUUAACUAACCCCAGCGACGAUUCGGAGCGAGGCAAGAAGGACCGCGAGCUGCUCGCCGCUCGCCGAACCGACGCUCUGAUACUAGCAUCAGCCAACAAGCAGCGAGUGCAGGACAUGCUGCAAGAAAUUAAGGAGGGCAGGGACAUCAACGACAGGUACCAGGCAGCGCUCAGGGGGAAGACACUAGUCAGACCACAUGCUCCAAGCCCUGCUGCUUCUGCUCCCUCCACUUUUUCAUCCACGAAUGAGAGUUCCUCGGACACAACUGCUCCUUAG